GCGUUGUGAAUUCUAGCUUUGUGCUUGUCCAUCUCUGUUCUGAUCGUCGAAGCUAGUGAAGAUGUACAUCCCAGACACAUCCCGCAAAUACACUCCAGAGGAAAAACAACAGCUGCUCCAGAAUCUUGACAUUGAAGUCGAACACCGUGUUCGCCAGCUUGAGGAAUGGCUCACAGACGCGCUCAAAAACUUUCGGCUUCACCAAGAAGGGCUCAUCUCUCGCAUUCCCAAACUCGUGCGCGGUGUGACCAUGGGCGAGUUUGCUGAUACCUACGAUGGCGAUGUUCAAGCGUGUCUUCGUGGUCUCGUGGGUGGUGCUCCACCCAAUCUAGAGAUUGAUCGUGAAACUCGCAAGCGCAAGUGGGAGGAGGCUAGUGAAGGCGAGCGCGCCGUUAAGAAUGCGAGGAUGAUGCAUGUCACUCCCAAGAAGAAGCCCCCUCCUACUAACACGGGCACUGCACAACGCGUCCGCACAGUAUCUGCGGCAUUCCCGCGUACCCCCGGCCAAUUCCGUUCUACCCUCCGCUUGCCCUCCGUCAGUCCACAGAAACCGUCUACCCUCCGAACAUCUCCCUCUAAAUUGCGUGCUCCAUCGCCUUUCAAAGCUCCGUCUUCUCCUGGAAAAUCGAUGCCAUGGAAUGCCAAGCCACCAUCACAAGCAAAGCGCCCGCCCACCAGCGCAACCUUCGCUCCAACUUUGCCUGCUAAGACCCCCACUUAUCCCACCCUCCGUGCACCCCGCCGCGACGAAAGCAUGCUUAGUCUAAACGGGUCUCCGCUAGCCAACCCGUAUAAGCUCGGCUUGGAGUGGUUCGCUGCUGAAGAGGAAGAGGAGGGUUCUGACAUGGAUGUGAAAACCAAAGGCAAAGGAAAGGAGACGCAGGUAAAUAUGCAAGGGCAAGGCAAGACUCUACGACGCGUAAAUAGCAUAGUCAUACGACGUGAUCCAUCCGUCUCGCUCGUCCCCUCAUCCUCCACCCAACCCACCUUCUCACAAACCCAUUCACAAGCCAACUCUCAAACUCAAAACCAUAACCGCACGCAUUCACGCGCCAACUCACGCACAGUAGCUCGUGUACCGGAGCCACCAGCGUCUAAACCCGCCACGUCUUCUCUCAUGCCUUCAAGCUCGCUCUCGUCCCUCCCUUCCUCGUCCUCUGCCCGGGCGGUCGUCGCGAUCUCAACCUCCGAUGGACACGUCCUCGAGUUCGACCCGCUACAAACAUCGCCGCGCGCACUCGAUGCACUCGUAGGUAUCACUGACAGCGCAAAGAAGCAAGCCCGUGAGGAUAUGGGGCGCUUGGUGCAGGCUGCGGUGAGUAAGUGGAGUAUCGCAUAACACGGCUAAGCAGGCGUCUGCUUUACACAUCGCGCGGGCCCACGUUAGGCGUCCCACCAAUUUGCGACGUUGUGUCACAAUAUAGUAUCAUGUAUAGAUUCUCGAUUUUCGAUUCUUUAUUGACCUCGCUAACGCACCUGUUGAACACCCGACAUUCCAUCGCAUGUUCCAGUUAUUUAUUUCGCAUACCAAGCAUCGAUGUAAAGAUGUAGCGCUAGCGUAUAUACCUAUGGACACUAUUUAUGUCGAGGGAAAAAUCGACGUUAUUUUGAAAACUUGAGUGGAUGCUUGGUUUGUGUGGCUCUGAGUCUGACAGAUCUAGCUGGAGAUGCU